GUAGACGGAGUGGGACAUUAAAAGGCACGAUGGCGUCCAUUCGAUCUAUAACUAUUACUGUUCUUCCGGUAUUGCUAUGGAUUGUGGGUGUGGCCAGUGGAGGGUACGUCCGCGUGUGUUACCACAACAUCAUGUCCCGGCACCGCCAGUCCGCCGGUAGAUUCCAGCCAGAAGACAUCAACCCUCAUCUCUGUACCCAUGUUGUAUACGCCUUCGGCGAGAUAGACAGCUACGACCUGAAUGGAACUGCAAUCAGUAACGCAAGCUCACCUGAUGAUGCUGACAUGUUUGAAAGAACAGUAUCCCUCAAGAAGCAGAACCCACAUUUAAAGGUGCUUCUGGCUGUUGGAGGCUGGCUUAAUGGCGUUGCUGAGUUUGUAAAACUUGUUGAAAACGAGGCUAACAUGCGCCUGUUUGCAAGUAAUGUUAUCACGUUCCUACGAGAUCGAGGCUUCGAUGGUUUCGACUUGGAUUGGGAGUAUCCUGGUCACCGGGGAAGUCCAGCUGAGGACAAACAACGCUUCACUACCUUGAUUCAGAUCCUUCGUGACACAUUCGAAGAGGAAGCGACUAGUUCGGGUCUGGAGUGUCUCUUACUGACAGUCGCGGUAGGAGCCAGUCAAUGGAUCACACAGACCGCGUACGAGGUGGACAAGCUAGCCAGUAAUUUGGACUACAUUUUUCUGAUGUCAUAUGAUUUACAUGGACCUUGGGACGGUCGCCUCGGACACCAUAGUCCAUUAUACAAACGAACCGGGGAGUCACCGUCGGAUAGUCGCCUUAACCAGGAUUGGGCGGUACACAACUGGCUGUCACUGGGUGCCCCUCGUGACAAGUUGGUGAUGGGUAUUGGUCUGUACGGACGAACCUUCACCACGUGGUGGCCUUCUAACCAGCCCAAGAAGCUAGGGAUGGGAUCAAAAAGUGGCGGCGAAGCUGGGUUAUACACCAAUGAAACGGGCGUCCUAGCGUAUUAUGAGGUGUGUGAUAAUAUCCGGAACAAAGGUUGGACCGUGGCGCGUCACCCCGAACAUAUGGUGCCAUAUGCGUACAGCGAUGACCAGUUUGUCGGCUACGAUGACGUGGAAAGCGUAAGAGUCAAGAGUGAGUAUAUAAAGACACAGGGCCUCGCAGGAGCCAUGGUUUGGUGUUUCGACUUGGAUGAUUUUAGCGGCCAAUUUUGCAACCAAGGUCCUUACCCUCUUCUCCAGAAGAUCAAUGAUGUUUUGCGAUCAGGUCAACGUACACAGACAGCACCUGUGCGAACACCUACUCCAAAAAUAGCCUCGACGCCAGCACCUACUCCAAAAAUAGCCUCGACGCCAGCACCUACACCAAAAAUAGCCUCGACACCAGCACCUACUCCAAAAAUAGCCUCGACGCAAGCACCUACACCAAAAAUAGCCUCGACACCAGCACCUACACCAAAAGUAACGUCGGCGCCAGUACCUUCUCCUAAAAGAACAUCAGUUCCUACCGUUGGUCCGAGUACAUCUUGUGUAGAUGAACCAAGUAGCUGUCCACAUGGGACCUUCUUAGUGGACCCAUGUGACCAAGCAUGUUACUACCAGUGUGCGCAUGAUACUGCCCAUCACCGAUGCUGUAUUUCCGGCUUGCACUGGGACACGUCCUUGAACACUUGUGUUUUCGCAGUGUAACCGUUCUCCUACUUGCUUUACAGGGUAAAUCUUACUAUGAUAAAGAAUAUACAACAACUGUGUUACUUAAAAUGUAUAGUAGCCACCCUAAUUUCAUCAAUACGAAAUAGUUAAUGCUGUGCUUUAACAUAAACGACAAUAUGUACAUUGUAUAUGACCAUGAACGUCUUAUCUCAUUUUGUCCUUUUGAAAAAAUGAUUGCACUGUUAUACCAAUUAUGAAAAUAUGUUUUCCUGUGCAGUGAGCAUGACAACGAAGCGACAAGCUCCUUUUCUGAGCAACUAUACGCACAACAACCAACCAACGAGCCUUACCUGUGUAAAAACGUGGUGUGGUGUACUGGCAGCAUAUUCAAAACUAUUUUAAACAUGACGUAUUGUGUUGUGCGGUGAAAAAUUUAUUGUAAUAUUGUAUUGUCACGUUGUUUGACGUAAUUUUCAUUGAGACAUGAGUGACUUUUCUGUUUUGUUUUUGCCCUGUCCGCGAUAGUAAAGAGAGAAAAGCAUUAGUAUAUACAUUACAUAGCGACAUAGUAUAAGGGGAGAUAACCGUAUACUGUAGCUGACACAAUUAAGUAUUAGGAGAAAAAUAUAUUGACGGAAAAAAAAGUAACGUAACUUGUUUGUGGUAAAUUCCAGUGCUAUUCAAUACCACAUUUGUUCUCCGCGGGCCGAAAUCACUGCCCGUACCCUCCUCACCAUAGAUCUCAUCAGCCUUUUAAUUCUUUGAACUGGAAUAUUGUUCCAUUCGCUAGAAGUGCAUGCGUAAGGUGGGCGACGUUGCUUUGUUCGUUGGCACGUUUUCCAAACAGCCUGUUCAGUUUGCCCCACAAGUGUUCAAUGGGGGACAAAUCUGGACUGCAUGGUGGCCAAUCAAGUACUGGGACGUUGUUUUGGAUUAGAAAACGACGACACAUCCUUGAAACACGUGGCCUCGUAUUGUCCUGCUGAAAGGUUAGCUUCUGCUAAGAGAUAAGAUGAAUAACGGUGGGCUUGAUGGUUUUAUCCCGGUAUAUAACGGCUGUGAGUGUAAAAUUGCCCGGGUGACAACUAAAAGGCGCUUAAUACCAUACGAAAUGCCCUCCACCACUCCCAACAACCCCUCCCCCUUCAACCAAAACAGAUCCUCCUCAAAAUCUGUUAGCGUAUCGUUCACUGUGUUGGGAUACACGUUGCCGCCCAUCUGUAUAAUGUAAAUAAAGAUAUAACGUACUCUGUCCACUCAUUACUUGUGUUGGUGGCGAAACACACAUGAAUAGUAUAGAAACUUUUGAUGUACAUGCAUGUACCCACUGUUGCACGGUUUUCUACAUUCGUGUUAUAUUUUUUGUUGAAAUUACAUGUAAUAAGUUUUAUAAAGACCUUUUAUCUGAUGUAUGUUUUAAACAAUGCCAAUGGCACACAGCUAUUUCAGUCUGAUUAUCAUAUAUUUGGGUGGUUUUUUUCAAUAUAUUUUGAAAAACGUAGUAUAGGAACGAAACGGCAGUUGCCUCCCUUCCCUUGUCAUAUGUAAUAUGUUGGUACAUGUACGUCAAACAGUCUGUGAUCAACGUCAGUGGGACAGGAC